UAUAAAUAGAGGGAGAGGAGAGAGAGUUAAGCACAGAUCUCAUCUGAUCCUAACAGAGAACUGAACACAAGACACACAGCCAUGGCACCUACAAUCACUGGAUCAGUCAUCAGCAGAGAACAACUUCCACUCACAAACAAGCUGAGAAAGCCGAUAGUGGAGAAGAUCCGCAGAGAACGAAUCAACAGCAGCAUUGAGAAGCUCAAGUCUCUUCUGGGUCAAGAGUUCCUAAAGCAACAGCCCGACUCCAGACAGGAGAAAGCUGAUAUCCUGGAGAUGACGCUGGAUUUGUUGAGACUCCAGGAGCGUUCCCAGAAUCCCUCGGCCUGCAGCUCUACUGCAGCUCGUGACGAACGCUCCAGAUGUGUGCACGAGGCUGUCAACUUCCUGUCUCAGUGUCCAGUGCAGACGGAGUCCCACAGAAGACUGCUGAAGCACUUCCUGCACACGCAGCCCUACACAGAGAACAACACACGAGUGCCGCCUCAGAUCAGUUCACCAGCCGCACAGAGCAGCAGCAAAGAGCAAACUCUGGCGCUCUGGAGACCCUGGUAGAAGCCGAUCUAUGUGAAUGUGAACUACCAUGAUUAACUCUGUUAUUAGAGAACAUGUUAUUCCAGAUCUACCUCUUUCACGAGAGAACAAUUGCCUGUAUUCCUAUAUUUGGAUCUCACUAUAUUUUUGCCUUUGGCAAAUUAUGCUUCAAGCUAAUUGAAUCUGCUAUGUUAGCAAUUAAAUAUCUCAUACUGAGAUGCAAUACUGAUAUUCUAUGAACAUGUUCCAUGUUUCUGAAUAGAUCCAAUGGAUCUUAUUAUUUUUAUUAACUUCUUGUUCUUUUUUGAAUAUUUUUUGUUGGUGUUGUAGAUUUUCUAUAAUCAACUGUAUGACCAACAAAUUCUUUUAUAAAGAUUAUAUAGGUAACUGUGUUUUAAACAAGUGAAAGGUGUGUUUAACAUUCAAGCACAGUGGUAGAAAAACAAUGUUAAGCACUAAAUGAAGAUGCUGGAUUUUAUCAGCAAAUGUUUUAUAAAAGUAAUAAAUGUCUAUUUAACAUCAAAUUUCCUGUGGCAAUGAGCUCAUUCAUUUAGUGUUCCUACCUUCAUACUCACACAUUCAUUCCACUAACUUUUAAAUUGCAUCAGUUAGUUUCAGUUACAUAUUUGAUAAAUAUGGAAUUACAAACAAGCUCUUGUGUGCUUUGUUAUCCAUUCAAGCAAUAACUGUCUCCUACCAAGACACCUUAUAAUCAUUUAGGAUAGGUGGCAUCCCUGUCAUCAGAAAGUGAUGUUGAACUUACUCCCACAUCUUGCCUCAAAGUGGCGGAUCUGCAAAACUGCACAUCCUGUACAGAUUCACUUGCAAGCAGGUAAAUUUAAAAGGCAAACUGAACAGAAAUGACAGAAAACUUAUA